CGUCGCUGGCUGGCCUUUCUCAAAGAUAAUUGGAGGCAAAACUCGAUAUGCUCAAUGUCAUGGACAGGAAUGAGGUCUCACCGGCGUCCGCUGCCACCAUGAAAAAGAAGGCGGUGGGCGGCAGCGGGUGCAGCCACAUCAGCGCACCCCAGGCAGCCCCAUCCAAAUGCUCCAGAAGCCCCAGUGGGCAGAAUUUCUUGAACCCCGGCGCAGCCAACGGUAGCCAGCCCGGAUUGACCAGCGACGUCGUGAUGGAUGAGACGGAGGACGGAGAAGAGGAGUCCAGGUUUCAGCAUCCGCGGCUGCGCCGAGCCGGGGGGAGCGGCAGCAGCGGAGGUGGAGGAGGAGGAGGAGGAGGCGGCGGCAGUAUCAGGAUGAAGAACUUUACGCCAGGAGGGGGAGCCGCGUCCUCGGCUUCCAGGAGAAACUCCAACAAGGAGCUCUGCCUUACGCACACAGAGGACGUUCCCUUCGCCUCACGGCCCACUGCUGCCUCCAGAGCGACCGAGACACCCUGUCCGGGCGAUGCUGCCCAACGCGGCGAGACCUGCGGAGCGUCUGGGGCGGAGGCGUCGGAAUCUGCGGUCGGGGUAGAGGUUUCCAACGCGACAGCGGGUGAUGGUCGCAGCGGCGUCGCUCCAGCAUCCAGCAUGAAAUGCAACAAAAACGGAGAAUGCAGAAGGGACUCGGGUACCGGGAGCCUGCGCUCAAUAAUCCCCAAGCAGGAGAAGCAGACAGCGGGAUCGGGGAGAGCCGAGGACGGAGGCGCUGCCAAGCGGGGAGCCUGUAACUCGACCACCGCCAGUAUGGACGGCUCGAUCACGCCGGGCGGGUCUCUAACCGGAGGGCAAGGAGGGGAGAGCGCCAACCCGGGCGCCACCCCCGUGUCCAGCGGUGUGCCUGAGAAAAAGGACUCCAAGGUGUCCUUCUCCAACGCGCCGAGCCGGAAAGCCUCCUCCUCGCUGCACAGCUCGACCCAGACUCAGACCCAGCAGCCGAGGAACUCUGUAACUUUCCAGAAACAGGAGGAUGGACCGCCGAUUGUGCCCGCCGAGGAUGCGGAACCUCGGGGCAGCCAAGCCAGCUUCAUGCAGCGGCAGUUCAGUAGCAUGCUGCAGCCUGGAGUUAACAAAUUCUCCCUGCGCAUGUAUGGCAGUCAGAAAGCAGUCGAGAAGGAGCAGGAGAGGGUAAAAUCAGCUGGAAACUGGAUUAUCCACCCUUAUAGCGAUUUCAGGUUCUACUGGGAUUUUACAAUGUUGCUGUUCAUGGUGGGCAACCUGAUCAUCAUCCCCGUGGGCAUCACUUUUUUCAAGGACGAAACCACGACGCCCUGGAUCAUCUUYAAUGUGGUCUCCGACACCUUCUUCCUCAUGGACCUGGUGCUCAACUUUCGCACUGGAAUCAUCAUCGAGGACAACUCAGACAUCAUUUUGGACCCUGAAACUAUCAAGAAGAAGUACCUAAAAACUUGGUUUAUUGUAGACUUUAUCUCCUCCAUCCCGGUGGAUUACAUAUUCCUCAUAGUGGAGAAAGGGAUCGACUCUGAGGUGUACAAGACGGCUCGGGCCCUGAGGAUCGUCCGCUUUACCAAGAUCCUAAGUCUUCUGAGGCUGCUGAGGCUCUCCAGAUUGAUACGCUACAUUCACCAGUGGGAAGAGGUCACACUCCAGAUCUUCCAUAUGACCUACGACCUGGCCAGCGCGGUGAUGCGGAUCAUCAACCUGAUCGGCAUGAUGCUGCUGUUGUGCCACUGGGACGGCUGCCUGCAGUUCCUGGUCCCCAUGCUGCAGGACUUCCCUUCAGACUGCUGGGUCUCCCUUAACAAGAUGGAGAACGACACUUGGUCAGAACUCUACUCCUUUGCAGUUUUCAAGGCAAUGAGCCACAUGCUGUGCAUCGGCUACGGCCGGCAGGCCCCGGAGAGCCUGUCGGAUAUCUGGCUGACGAUGCUGAGUAUGAUUGUGGGAGCGACCUGCUAUGCUGUCUUUAUUGGCCAUGCAACAGCUCUGAUCCAGUCCCUGGACUCGUCCAGACGACAGUAUCAAGAAAAGUACAAACAAGUGGAGCAGUACAUGUCCUUCCACAAGCUGCCUGCCGACUUCCGACAGAAAAUCCAUGACUAUUAUGAGCACAGGUACCAGGGCAAGAUGUUUGACGAGGAAAGCAUCCUGGGGGAACUCAGUGAACCUCUCAGAGAGGAAAUAGUGAACUUCAACUGCCGAAAACUGGUGGCGUCCAUGCCGCUGUUUGCCAACGCMGAGCCAAACUUUGUUACAGCAAUGCUGACUAAGCUACGUUUUGAGGUGUUCCAACCUCAAGACUAUAUUAUAAGAGARGGCACCAUUGGCAAAAAAAUGUACUUCAUCCAGCACGGYGUAUGCAGUGUCAUCACCAAAGGCACACUUGCUAUGAAGCUGUCUGAUGGCUCUUAUUUUGGAGAGAUUUGCUUAUUGACGAGGGGUCGACGAACAGCCAGCGUGCGAGCAGAGACGUACUGUCGGCUCUACUCAUUGUCUGUUGACAACUUCAACGAGGUUUUAGAAGAGUAUCCGAUGAUGAGAAGAGCCUUCGAAACCGUCGCCAUUGAUCGUCUAGAUCGUAUAGGUAAAAAGAACUCUAUCCUGAUGCACAAGGUUCAGCAUGAUCUCAACUCUGGCGUUUUCAAUAACAGGGAGAACGAAAUGAUCCAGGAAAUCGUCAAAUAUGACCGUGAGAUGGUGAAACUGGUGGAUCUGCAGCGGCCAAGGGCCAUGUCUAUGACUCCCUCUAUAGGUGGGAUCUUUGCCCCACCGGGUCAGCCUCAGUCUGGCUCUGCAAUUGCCACCCUCCAGCAAGCUGUGGCCAUGAGCUUUUGCCCUCAAAUGGCCAGCCCCUUGGUGGGCCCGGGGACUUUGCAGUCCCCGCGCAUGGUGCGACGGUUCCAGGUGAUGCAGAACUUGUCCAGUCCGAUCUCAAUGUCUCCUCUUCAGUCUCAACCUCCCCAAACACUCGGAGGGGCAUUUGGAUCUGCUAUUUCUAGCCCCCCGGUCCAAAGCCCGCUCACAGCCACAGGACGGACUUUUCAGUACAUGGCGAGUGUGGGACCGUCGGGGUCCCAGUUGUCCCUUGUCCAGCACCAUGCACCCAGCCCCACACAGACCACCCAGCAGAGGCCCGCCUCACACAAAAGCACCCACUCUCUCCAUAUGGGUAGUUUGAGCCAGGACACCCGGGCCUUGUCUGCAUCUCAGCCUUCACUCCCCCAGGAAGGAACACCACAGGCUUCCUCUGCAGCCCCCAGCCCCCCGCCCUCCACCCGCACUUCCAACUCCUCCAUUGGCCCCCAACAACCUCCCCACCACAACUUACCCGGACCGUCGGGCGUGGGGAGACCGGCUGGAGCCCAGCAGAGGGUGGCCUUUGCCUCCACUCCUCCUCCAGGCGGACCUACUGGGAUGGGGGCAGUAGCAGCAGCUGCUGGGCCGGGACCUCCAGACUCCGGAGUUCCCAAGAAAGAUUCGAUUGUCAGCCUUCCGGAGCUAGACUCUGCCAGAUCCCGGCUGUCUUCCAACUUGUGACCCUAGUGGAGUUCAGUAGAGAGGCCUUUUUUUUUGUAGGAGAAUCAGUGCGGUUAAGGUCAGUCCAGCUGAUCAUUCAGCUUGCUAAAUGACCAAUCAGCUACUGCCAGCGCCACCAGUCUUUCAGCCUGGGUGCACUGUGUGCUGGUGUCAGCAGGAAGAAAGGAGCUGCUCGAAGUAUUGAAGUACUUUGACUACGGGGAGUCAAAUACGAUUAUAUUAGUAUAUAAAAUUAAGGUUGAACUGGUCUGGUCCGCUGUGCCAGCACCUUUAGUCUUAGUAUCACCCCUUUCACUCUGCUUCCAAACACCUACUGCAUAUCGCUGACUUUACUGUAAAGAUAUGACGAAAAGUAUGAUUAAUGUACCAAUUACAUACUGUGUAGAAUCCAUGCAAUGCAAUCUAGCAGGAGCUGGACUUAAAAAUGAAAAUCAGGGACUUGAGGUCAAAUGACAAUGACAUUUUAAACGUUCAAAAGUGUUUUAAAUGUACUUUUUUUUUCUCUCUCUGUAUAAGCUGUCGUAGCAAAAGAACACACAUCUUCAUAUCGUUCAAACUAGUAGUGGAGUUAGUGUUUUAGACCGCUGGUCGAUCUUACAUCAACGUGUAAAUAGUCGAUGAAAAAAGUAAGGAAGGACAUUAUAUUCAUUGUAUCUACCCAAAAACCAAAGUUGAGCUUGAACACCAAGUCUGGUUGUGUCUGUAUCAACUAAAAAAGAAACAUCGAAGAAAAUGCCAUUUAUUUAACUGCCUUGAUUCAACGUUAGAAGCCAUAUAUUUGGUUUGUGUGUAUGCAUAUAUGUGAGCGUUGCUGUGCGCGCGCGCGCGCGUGUGUGUGUGUGUGUCAGAGAGUUUUUGUUGAUACGUUUUGGUUCCAUUUUCAGAGAAGGGACUCAUGCACUCUACGACGCAUCGUCAAGUAUGACUGGUUGGAAAUGCUGACGGUGGCACUGCCCUGUUUUCAUGAAUCAUCCGGAAAGAGGUCAGCUGUUUGCUCAACAUACUGAUUGUAACCCUAAAGGCAAGGAUGGUUUAAUAAUCUGAGCUUUACUGAAAGGAAACAUUUGUGAACAACCCAUACUGUAUACUUGCUUGUUUCUGUCUAGGUUCAUCGAUUAACACAUGCAAUAUAAUUCUGCAAUACUCUACCCCGCCUAUAUAUAUAAAUAUAUAUAUAAAUAUGAAUAUCUAUACUUAUGCUGUACAGGAAAGUGGACUUGUUUCUUUAUGUAUUUUUUUGUUUGUUUUUUAUUAUGUGAAAUUUUAAAGAAUCCAGCAGCUAUUGUGGCUUCACUUGAGGUAUUGUAAUCCAGUGACCAUGUUGUUACCUUAACCAAAAAUGUGUGAGGGAAUGAAAGGGUAUGUUGCUGUGUUAUUUUUGUGCUAGAAGAAGAAGAAGAAGAAAAACACUAGACUAACUGCUUACAACUGGUUUAAAGACACAGGAUGAAUCCACGUUUGAGCUCAGCAAGUCAGAUCCUCAAAAAUGUCACCUGAAAGGCAUUUUCAAGUGUUUAAAUUGAUAGUUUGGCCAACAUGGGGUUCGGACGCCUCAGUUGGGAAAAAAAAAAAAAAAUCACCUAAAACUUCGGUGAAUGUCUCCACUUUUAGGUGCACAUAAAUCAUUUGGUUCGAAGUGCGAGAGUGGGUCGAGGCUUUGGUUAUUUUUAUUUGAAACAUUCUGAUCCCGUUGAAUCUAAAAACUCCUUCUCCUGCUGAAUGUAUGCCAUAUGAGGAGGACGACAGCUAAUCAGUUUUAAACUGCCAUGUAAAUAAAGGGACAGAGGAUUUUAUGAUGCAAGGGGGGACUGGGCAUUGCUGUAUGAGUUGCUGAGUGUCUGUGUGAUCUUUUUUUAUAGUCUAUUGAUGCUUAUUUGGGUUGAAGAUUGCUGUAUUUACCAUUUAUACUACAACCCAAUACCCCCGAAUCUGAAUAUUACAGAAAAGUUAAAAAAAACAAAAAACAAUGUACUGAAAAGCGACACGAAUCAGAGCGUGCUGUAAACCACUUUGAACCUCUCUGUCCAAAGUGAGAAGUGAGGACGUCCACUCAAGCACCUUGUGUUGCACUACAACCUUGUAAUCAAAAAGAAAAAAAAAGAAAAAAAAAAAUUCAAUGUUCUGUUUUCUCAAAACUGUCGUCGCACUUCUUCUGGACCCGAUAUGUGGUUAAACUGUAAAGACGAGUAAAAGGGAAGUCAACUGGGGCAGCUGGUUCAUUGUGUUAAGCAUGGUGGCCAAACUUUUUCAGCUCUGAACAUCGAUUUGGAGCCUCACUGUAAAAUCACUGGACAUUUCACUCAGGUUUGCUACCUUCUCACAGCGACGUAUUGACUGCCACAAUGUGGCUUUCCAUUGAUUUAUGUAGACGUGUCUAUUCCCAUAUUUUGAGCUCGUUUACUUAAUCGUCUUGAGUAAUUCGAAUUGGCACAAAAAAAAAUAAAUAAAUGAAGUAGAGCCUAUGAUUGUUGAGUGCUUGAUCUCUCGUUGUGAGACCUUAAAAACUGGUGACUGUCUUUGUCCCAGGGCUUCGCUGUGUGGCUUGUGAACCUUUGGUCAUUUUUAUACAGCUGGAACUAAAAUUCAAAGGUGAUUAAAAUGUUUAUUUAUUUUAGUGAUUCAAAUUAAAAACUGAAAUAUUUUAAGCACGUAUGUAUUUCUGUUUGUUUUGAUGAUUAUGGCUGUCCAUGUACUGCACUUUAUGAGCACUCAAUAUUUGACUUUUGCAUGAAUUACUGCGUCAGUGCAACACAACAAGGAAGUGUUCGCCACGAGGUUCUGCUGAGAUGUCAAGGAAGCCCAAGAUUAGUUUAACUGCGGCCUUCAGGUUGUCUUCAUUGUUGAGUCUUGAGUCUUUCACCUCCCUCUUGAAAACACUGACAGGUCAGAUAAGCUUUUUGGUCUGUAUAACUCAGUGACACCGUGGACGUUGUUAGUGUGGGUUUUCAUGUUAGAAAGUUAAAUCAGUAUUUCUGUAAAGCUUGUCACGUGAAGUUUCCUGGUGUAAGGCUGCACUGAUUUUUAGUCACAGUGGAAAUUGUUCCCAAAAUCACCACUUAACUGUGGAAACCUCAGCCUGGACUGUGGUUAGUUUGGAUUAUGUGUCUCUCCACUUAUCCUCCAUAUCCUGGGAUCUUUAUUUUUAUUUUCUCCCAUCUUGAAAAACGUAUUGUGGGCCACUUGGCAAUCGUCCAGUCCUUUUUCUCCUUAGUCAGGAUAAAACAUCUUUGACAUCUCUGGUUCAGGACUGGCUUUAAACAAAUAAUGCAACGUCUGUCCUAGAUAGAUGUGUGUGGUGGCUCUUAAAGCACUGAAAUGGAUGCAUAAAUGUCCCCAUUGGGGAUGAAUGGAGCAUCGAUCAUCAUCAUUAUGAUGAUCACUGAGUCCAGACCCAGUCCACGACUUGUUGAAACUCCCCAGAAUCUUGAAUGAAGUAUUUUUUUCUUCUGAAUAAUUUCAUUCUCAUCUCUGUUGCUGUGCACCUUUUAUUUUUUUAACAACUGUCAGAUGCUCAUUAAUAUGAAUUAAUAUGCUUGAAUAUUAUGCUAUAAACAGCCAGCUUCUUUUUUUGUGGUGUGUUCUCCUUGUGGAGGGUGUUAGAGCUUUCUGACUUAUGGGUCUUGUGUCAAAUAACUUUCUGAGUUGUAAGCCAUAAUCAACAAAAUUAAUGGAAACAAAAGUUUGAAUCUAUAAUGCGAGUUUAACUUUUUUAAGCUGAAUUACUGAAGUAAAUCUACGUUUCAAAAAAUUUCUAACUAGCUGAGGCACUCUUGCAAUAAAACAAGCAAAAUUCAAUUUUCUGUUUCAGAAAAAAAGUAAAUAAACUUCUUUUAGUCUUUCCUGAGUCACAGUUCCGCCUCCCCAACCUUUCAGUGAUACAUUGAUUCAUGAAUUGUUUUCUCUUUUUUUUUGUUAAUUUCCUGUGGGAAAAGUGAACACCAAAACACCAACACCAUUCUGAAUGAAAUCUGUCUGAGUUGUGUUUUUCCUGUGCGCUUCAGUACUGUUCUGUCUUGAUUAAUUGGUCCUUCUCUUGAGUUCCUUUUUUUUUUGCUAAUACCAGAGUUUGCCCUGUUAAGCUGCUAUCAAGACUGUGCAGAUCUCUGAAUGAGUCCACAGUCGGCGAGAGCAAGAUGAAUGGAGAAUUAAAGAGCUAAUGUUUCAGGCAAUAUCAGGCACCGUCUCUGUUUCAUUGCAUCUACAUGUACCAGUGUGUAAUUCCCUCCCACUCAAAGGAGACACUCUGAUCGGCACCGCUCCGUUUGAACCGUCAGCCACAGGCCUGAUACAGCCCCGGCCAAGCGCACACUGCCAGUUUAUCUGUUUUUGUGUUUGUCUCACGGGUCGCUCAGUGUGUCGGCUUCAAGCUGCCAUUGAGACGCGUUUGUGCUGCACUAGCCUGAUGGCAGGCCGGUUCAAAGUGUGAUUGUGUUUAGUAAUUAUUCUUCUGGACUUUGCUGUGAAGUGGGAACGAAUUCCUUCAAGCGCGUUUGGCACUGACUGACAGUGAUUGAGAAUCUCAAAGUUUCAAGCCUCUCACUCUUGCUGUUCCAGAUGUUGAGGGUACUGAAUGCCUUGGUGUUGAUUUGUUAGCAAAUCAGGGUCUUAUGUUUGUCUGCUCUCGCUGAGUUAUCAGUCAGUUUUAUUUGGUUGUAGAUUUAUGAUUUAUAUUUGCAAUGUGCCCUCUGCACUUGGACUGUAUAUACCUUGUGCCUAGUACAUCUAGUUUCCACAUAGUCUCCUUUGUGGUAUGUAUGUGCCUGUAAAAAUGCAAAUAUGUGUUUUUUUUUCCAACUUGCAAUAUAUGUACAAACCAUUAGAUGACUAGUAUUGCUAAAUUACAAUGACAAUGUCAGUAUAUAUAAUUUUCCCUGAUAGGGGAAACACAAAAUUGCACAUUUUACGUUGGGUUGAACCUUCCAACACCAUGCGCGCUGUACUCGGUACGUUCAUGUUCUGUACAUAUGGUAUACGCAGAGAUGUGGGGCGCCUUCUCGGGUUUUCGCCACAAACUGGUGUUUAAGCAUCAUUUUUACAAAGAGAGGGUGAGCUCUGGCUAGCUCCUGGUGGAUAUCAGCAGUCUAGACAUUAACUUAGGAAAGCUGCUUGAGCCAAAAACAGCAGAAGUUAACUAGCAAAACUGUGGAAAUGCUUGCACAAAAUCAAAAUACAUAGUAUACAAAAUGAUUUUUAAAAAAAACAAGGCUGUUCAUAUGCUGGAUUAUCGUCAGCCUGUGCUGGUGCACAGCUUUUCACACUGAUGCUGGUUGUACACUGAUCUGGUGUUUGGCCACUAAAGGGAAAAAUAAUUCUGUCCAAGACUGAAUCCAAAUCUUGAGAACACAGUAAGUCUUAAACAUGACUCCCAGAUGAGUUAGCUGACAGAUAAAAGCAGAGUGCAUGCUCGUAUUUUUCUCAUUUAAGCAGAGUUCUGUGUGUGAUUGUUGUGGGACCUUCAAAUCUAGAAACUGUUGUGUACCAACUACUGUACAAUGAUUUUAUUUAGUCUUACGGUUUAACUUUUGUGUCGUAGCUACUGUAGCCUGCUUAACUUACCUAAGCCUUCUCUCUGCUUCAGGACUCUGUGUGCUUGAGUUUGUGUGUGUGUGUGUGUGUGUUCCUGUGCCUUUCCUUCUAUAAUGUUGGUCCCACUUGAGAAUAUGAUGCCAUUUAGGGGGCUGAAACCCACACAAAGCUGAGAGAUGCCAGCACAAAUAAAAUAAUAAUAAUGAUAAUAAUAAAAAAAAAAACACCAAUAAAAGGUCACAACCACAGUUGUUUUCAAACUACUAAACAAUAUUGAAAUGCUUUCUAGAAUUGACUCUAGCACAUCCUAGACUUACUGUAGUAGCAUUCCACAGCCUGCACGAACGGCUCAGUGUGGGCAUCCAGACACACUUUACCAGCACCAUGAAGAUGACAGCACAGAUCUCUGAAUCACGCCUCCUCUCUCGAUGAAAACCAGUCUGCAAACAUCUCAGGCUGUGCUCGGCUUCUGCUCGUACAAAAACAGGCUUAGGUAUUACUCAACUUCAACACUGUCUUAAGUUGAUGUUUAUAUUCCAGUGACAACUCAGCUCCCACCCCCAGCCACAGUGCUUACCAAAUUGGUCUAAAAUGAUGGUGGUGGUGGUGGUGGGGAAAAUGGGGCUGGUUUGGGGGAUCUUUGUCGUCGUCUUGUUUCUCCAGACUGGGAUACGCAGCCGGUGGCUGGGGUGAGGGGCUGAUUUGCUCCUGUGUCCAAAAGGCUGUCUUGUCCACCACCUUUGUUGGUCAACAACACAGAGCCACACCCUGGUUUAUCUCAAUAAGCUGGUCUGUCAGUCAGUGGCAAUGUUGUUUCAGCAUCCAUAAACAGACAUAAAAUACCUUGUUGUGCAAUAAAAAAAAUUGAGCGCAUUGGCAUACUUA